AUGGCUGCCCGUGCACCUGCGCCCCAACGACCUCGCCCGUCGCCAGCCUCGGCCCUUGACAUUGCGGGCGUCCUCAUCAAGAUCGUUCAGUUUACGCCUGCGCGCAAGGAUGUCGUCUCGCUCCUUACGGCGCUACCAACGACGACGAUGCGCUCACCCGCGCUGACGGCGCUGUUGGAGCACUUGACGGGUCAUUGGCAAUAUUGGCCCGUGCUGUACCUCUCCAACUCCUCCGAGAUCGACGCAAGUGUGGUUGCGGUCUACAGCCAGGUGACACUCCUCAGGGGCGGCUGCCGGUUUCGUUCCCCGCCCUUCAGGCCAGCACGUGACUACGAUGCCGAGUACAAGGCCUUCGAAGACGCCAUGCACAAGUGGGCCUCCAAGUUGACGAUCUUCGACGGCUCCGACAUGCAGGCUGGCCAGCACUACCGCAUCGAGCUGCAUCGUGCACUGGCUCGCUGCACACACUUGAAGACGGCGAACCUGACGACCGACCAGCCGCACCUUCUCGAGGCCGUCACGACACCAAACCAUCGCGUCUCGACGCUCGAGCUCAAACCACGCAAGCAUGCGACGGUCCCUGCCCUUCCGCUCGUCGCGCCGCUG